UUAACUUUUCGGACCCAAUUUCUACCAAAUUUCUAUUUUACAAUUAAGACAAACUAAAUUUUUUAGUUUUUAAGAAGUGGCUCGUGGGGGCUAUAUAUAUUAAGGAAUGUGCUCGAGACUUAUUGGCUACCUGCUCACGGGGAUGUCCUGUCCUCAGAGUCGGGCACCCGUGGCCAUCGUGUUCCAGUGCCAGCUGCGCAACUACUGCGAUCCAUCUCUCAUGGAUUGCGAUGCUUAUAAGGCUUACAAGAAGCAAAAAGCACUUGCAAUGAAGAAAAAGAGGGCGGACAUGAAGAAGGAGGCAGCCAAGCAGGAUGUCGUCCGCCUUAAAAGCGAGCUACACAAGUGCAUCGAGCAGAAGGAGAAGGCGCUGAAGGCGAAAGUGGAGUGCAUGACAGCGGAGGAGCAAAAGGCCAUGGGCGACAUGAUGGACUGCGUGAUGGCGGGCGUCAGGAAAAUCUGCCUUAAGUCGGUGAUGCAGAAGUACUGCAAGGAGCAGGAGCUGAAGCUCCGCUACGAGAGACUGAUCAAAGAGAAGAAGAUGAAGGAGUUGAUGAAGAAGUGUCCUGCCAAGGAGAAGGAAAGCUCAGAGGAGGAGGGCGAGGACCCCAAAGCGAAGCAGGCCGAAAAAGAGACGGAGAAACUGGCAGCUAUUGCAAAAGAGUCAGAACAGCUCCAGAAGUGCAUGAAUGAGACUGCCAAACUCCUAAAAGCAGAGUUGGAGAAAAGUGGAUGCCAGGAGGAUCAAAGGAAAGAAGAAAGCCCUGAAAGCGGCAAGAAUAUCAAAAAGGAUAAUUCCAAAGACAAAUCCAAAAAGAUAGGUAAAAAUUACUCCAAACAAUCUGAGGUACAGCUUCGGGUUAAGGGCGUUAAGGAAUCGCCAAAACAGAAAGACGAUCCAACAAAAGUUCUUAUUUUGGAUAAUUGUAAGGAAGUGCUCAAGGACAAAUGCGAAGCUCCUAAAAAAAAUGCGAAGCCCGAAGCAAAAGAGGCUUGUGAGAAACCCAAAGUGCCUUUCAAGGAUAAGAAAAUAGAGAACAAAGAAAAACCUAAAGAGAAGGAAUGCCCAAUAGAUGCUAAAGUGGAAACCGCUUUAAGUAAAGUAGAGAUUGAAGGAAACAAUGCCAAAAACGACAAGAAAAUGAAGGAGAUCACAGAAGAGGAAGAGAUCUGCCCAGUGCCGCCCAAAAAGGAUAAUAAAUGCUUAAAAGAUCCUAAAGUUUCGGGGGGAAAGACCAAGUCUCCAUAUGAACAAAAGAUGGAGGAGUGCAUAAAGGAAGAAUGGGAGGACAUAAGUCAGACCCAAAAGCGACUAAGUCCCAAGGAGAAGAAGAAAGUAGAUGCCGCCGAGGGUUGUCUUAAGGAGCUAAUAAAAAAAAGGUGCCGUACAAUAGUCAUCAGAAAAAUGUGUGAUGAGUCUUGGGGAGAACCAAAAAAGGAGAAUAAGUGCAAGGAUCACGAAGAAACCAAGGACAAUCCCUCCGACUGCACGGACACUCAGGACUCUGGGAAAGCAAAUAUCAAGAAGUGUCUAGAGAAGAAAUGGAAAGACAAUUGCCCGCUUAUUCAAGAACUAACUGAAAAAAAUAAUGUCGGAUUUUGUGAAGUUUCCGCGGAAGUGAAAAAAAUAAUGCUAAAAAUAUGCGAGGAUGAUGAAAAAAAUAAAGAGUGUCAAAUGAAGGAACUGGAAGCUAAUAUCGAAAAGUGUGCGUUUCUGAAAAAAUGCGCAGACGCAAGACUCAAAAGAAAAUGCGAUGAAGAAGAGAGGAUUAAAAAGUGCGAAGAGGAGGAGAAAAUAAAAAAAUAUGAAGAGGAAGAGCGAGAGAGAACAUGCGAAGAGCUUAAGAAAACACAGGACGAUAUAAUGAAAAGGGAAUGUGAGCUAAAGAAACAAUGCGAAAAAAAAGAAAGCGCUGAGGAAGUAAAGAAAAAGUGCGAAGAGGAAGCUCGAAGGAAAAAAUGCGAAGAGCUAAAGAAAAAACGCGAAGAGGAAGUUAAAAAUGAAGCAGAGUUGAUGAAAAAAGAAAAAGAGGAGGACUCAAAGUCUAAGUGCAAAGUGGAAGAUCCUGUAAUAAAAUGCAAAGAAGAAGCGCUUAAGAAGAAAUGCAAAGAAGAAGAGCAAAAGAGAAAAUGCAAAGUUGAAGAUCAACUAAGAAAAUGCGAUGAGGAGGCUUUAAAGGAAAAAUGUGAUGAGGAAGCCAAGAAGAAAAAAUGCGAGGCACUAAAGAAAAAGCUCGUGGAGCUAAAGAAAGAAGAAAGCUAUUUGAAUCAAAAGAUUGAGGAUAUUGCGAAACAGGAAAAACUAAAAAUGCUACAAGAGGAAGAAGAGCAGAAAAAAAAAUGUGAAGAGGAUAAGGUUUUGAAAGCAUGUGAUAAAUUUGAUCAGAAGAAAAAAAGCGAUUGCCAAGGAGCAGUUGAAAAAAUAAGACACCACCCAACGGAGGACCUGCAAAAUAAAAUCCAGGCUGAAUUUUCGAAGCAAAGCAGAUAUGAAAAGUCUACGGAAAAGAAGAAAUUUCUCUCAAUAUCUGCGGUUCUACGAAGACAAGAGGCUGACAGUGCGCCCACAGGCGCAACGACACAUAUGGUUUAGAGGACGACGGCGAUCGUCAAGACCGCUUGUCCUCCAGUUGAUGCAACAGAUUCCGCCUGACGAGUUUAAUUUGGUUCCAUAUAGGAAGAACAGCUGUCAAAUGUGAACGACUGCACCAACUGGGCGAUCGUUCUUGCGAUCGCCACCGUGGUCUUGACCAACUUAGACGACAUAAAUGAAACGCUGUCGGUGUCGUCAAAAGCCUGUGGUAUAUAAAAGCUGGGGCGAUGGAUCUUUAAAAGUCGUCCGGUUUGUUAAGUGCCCAGGCCAUCAACGUCAUUCCCUGCCUUCGACGAUAGUUUAUCCCGAUACCAAAAUGUUUUUUGACCCUUUAAGCUGUCAUGAAUUUUCUUUCACUUUAUUUAGUU